CACCACGACCCAAACGGGCUUGCAGACAGUUCACAAGAGAGCCCCAAGAUGGCCCAAGAGGGCCCCGUAGCCAUUUUGGCUCAAGCCUUUUGACUCGAGCUGCCGCUUGUGAACCGAACGUGCGGCGAAGAGCAGACUCCGCCGACUCGUGCUGUGCAUGGGUGGUUGCCGGAGUUGACCAGCACGUCUAUGGCUCUUCGCACGUGCCAAAUACCAGUGGACAUCGUGUGUGGUCUGACCGUCCACGUCGUGGCGUUGCUGGCCUGUUGGUUUGCCCUGGCCCGGUUUUCUCCGAUUCCCCUCGUCCGUGGCCGCGAGUUCGCUGCGCUGCGAGGUCUGCAGGGUCUGCCCGAGACUCGGCCCGAGCCUGGGCCCGAGCCUGCUCCACGCAGUGGGCCUUUCUUCGAUCUGGCAGAGCGCCCCAAGGGUGCUCAAUUCACGGUGUCUUACGGGGAGCGAGCGGUCCCGCACGACAUGCCAGCAAAUGGCAAGGCAAAUCCUUGGUGGAAGUCAGUUGAAGCUUGGAAGAACGGUUCUGUCACGAGAUCGAAGCGUCAAAAGAUGGUGUUUGUCACUGGCUUGCCACAUUCUGGAACCACGUUGAUGGAGUUGUUUCUGCGACAGUUCGAUGGGGAGUUAAGCACGCUGUCCUUCGCCAAAACUAAUCACAAUCACGAGGGUAGAGAUUUGAUACCACACAAACAAUACCCGCUUCCUGAGUAUGGUGGCUCGUUGGGCGGCUACGGGAGCAUGUGCGGCAAUGAGGGUGGAAAAUACUUACAGAAAGGUUUGCGACAAAAUGAGGCGAGCUCUAGCGCCGUCCAGAAACAGAUGCAAGUAUUGACUUGGAAGUAUUGGCGGCCACACUUUGAGCUAUCGAAGCCAGGUCUGGUUGAAAAGGAUCCGAGACAUCUGUUGCGAAUGCGAAUGUGGCAGAACAUGUUUCGUGAUACCCACGAUGUAUUUCCAAUUUUUACAUUGAUGCACCCUCUCGAGAGUAUCAGUUAUGAAUCGUGCAGUCCAGUCGAGAACACCCGACUCGAAUGGUAAGGAACUGGUUAAAUUGCCACCGUGCUUUGCUCGAAGACCUGAAACACCUUCGGAAUUAUUUGGUUGUUCAUUAUGAAGCAUGGUUUCUCUACCCGAAUGACACGGCGCAGGCAAUCGAAACGUAUUUGAAUCUCCAAGGUCGUGUCAAUAUGACUUUUGACGCACGCAGGCUGCAUGCGCACGGAAAUGUGUUUGCGUUGAAAGAUAAAUAUUUUGGACGAUGCAGCAAUGUCGUUCGGAAUUUCAGCAAGUCGGAGGCUGCGAAAGAUUGGCCAAGUCGCCUUUACGAAGAUGAGCUGGCAACCUAUGGGUACGAUUUGUAUAAUACCACUACUAUCCACAAGCCGUCGGCAUUCGGGCUUUGCCAGCUGGACGGCGUGCCUUGUCCCUGAUUUGCAGCAAUAAUACUCAGAAUUCCGAAUUCCCUCGGAAUUCCGUCGAAGCUCAAUCAGUGCAACAGUACUACAAAUUGCCAUCGAGUGACCCAUCGAAUCGUCAAGGUUGGCUCACUCGGCGCUUCAACAUGCUACAGUAGAGGAAGCUCAUGAUCAACACAUGUUUCAAGCAUGUCCUUCACCAAGGCCAUCGCGCGUCUUUCCGGCGCCCUCUCCCUGCCUGGCCAGCUGCUUCUCGACGGCAAUUCCGUGACAACCGCUUGCGGCCACAGCGUUUGGCUGUCUCGCGGACAUCGGUGACUCCUCCCUCGCAGCUGCUGCCGGCCCACUUCGGCACGCCCGUCGCCUUGGGGCGCGCCGCGGGUGGCCCCCCCCGCGACCCGCGCGGCCCGCCGCGCGGCUCGCCGGGGCCCGUGGCCCGUCGCCCUGUGGCGCCCCGGGCUCCGAGGAGGGGAAAAAAAAGAAGAUGGCCC